CAUGAGUCUAUACGUAGAAGACUGUUAUUAAGACCAUUCUAUGGCUAGCAAGAUGUCUGGUCCAUUGCCAAGUCGUAAGCAGAGCCAACAUAAUUUGCAUGACUCCAUACCGUGCUCCUCUUUGCGUUCAGUAUUGCGCUAGCAUCCCCCACGCCCUCAGAAUCUCUGCAUAUGAACAUAAGUAACAGUGAUAUCUCGUCUUCUUGCAUUGCCUCAAAAGACCUGACAUCAAGUAGAUACUACCUAGUCCCUACAUACAUAUGUACCUAGGUAGUCGGUAACAUGGAUGGAAGCUAGGUAUGCACCUCUCUCCUACUUCAUAUGUAAGUAGAUGUGGGUACCUGGUUCGUAAUGUUACCUAGGUUGCGAGCUGUUAUCGAUAACAGCCACCCCUACCCCGGCCUGUUACUGUCGACAUAUCUCAUGCCGAAUCCAAUCAUCAUUGUUCGCACUCUCUCUGUCUGGCUGUUUAUCCAACUCUGCAAAAACGAUCCGCUCACCUUUAUCAUAACAAUAAUGGAGCCUAGCGAAAACACCUCUACCGCCCUUGUCCGCAAGAGGGAUGACCUCGAGCUAAUGCCACCGCCACCACCACCAAAACGGAUCAAGCGGCCGAAGAGAGUCAUCGACGAGGAUAGCUACACAGACGCACUAUCUCAAAUCAUAGCCCGGGACUUCUUCCCAGGCCUACUAGAAAGCGAAACGCAGCAGGAGUAUCUCGAUGCGCUGGAUUCAAAAGAUCCCGAGUGGAUAUCGAGUGCCAGCCGACGUCUUCAACAUGUGAUGACGCCAGGCCGCAAGCGAGCGAGGAGGGGCACGUCGCUGGCACCAGGCGCCCAGACACCCCGCGGAUUCGCAGGCGAUACCCCGGUCUCCGUGUCCGCAGUGUCGAGCGCCGCCCUGCGACAAGAUGACGACGAGAAGCCGGAGAUUGAUACCAACAUGAGCCUCAGUGCAUUCCAGUCGAAAUACACGAGUGAGGACAACGAGAGCUUCUACAAGCUGUUAGACAAGCAGAACUCGAAACGCGCCGAGAAAUACGCAUGGCUCUGGGCCGGGAAUAAGCUGCCUUCGAAGAUGCAGCUGGCGCAGAAGCGGGUGGAGACGAAGCUGCUGGAGUCGGGACGGAGUCUAGAAGACGACGGUUUCAGGAGGGAUAGACUCGCCAUCAAGGAUAAAGAUGCUCGGCCGUCGCAGCCCGAUACAUGGAAGUCGCAGCCCAACAACACCCUUAUGUUCGCGCCGGAUGGCGUCGGUGAUGACGUGGAGACGCAGAUCCAGGUAGCCGAGGCGGCAUCACGCGCUCCGCCAAAAGCAGUGAACUACCAGAACACACGUCUUCCGCCGCACCCAAUCAGCGAGGAGGCGUCGAUCCCUCCCUCUCCCUCGCUCUCUGCGGUCCGCGACGCCAUCGCCGGCCGGCGGCGACCGGACAGCGAAGCCACCUCCACAGUCGCAGGCAGCGAGACACCCCGGGUGAACGGCUACGCGUUUGUUGAUGACGAAGAACCCGAAUAUGAAGUCCCCCGCGCUCCCACUGUGCCGGAGAUUAGUCUCGGCCCCGGCGACGCGACGCCGAACCCGUUCGUGAUCAAGGAGCAGAGCCGUCGAGAGGCCCUACACCACCACAUGGUCGACCGCAUAUCGCAGUCGAAGCGCACUUCAUCCAAGCUCGGUGCCACGGGCAAGGUGGACAAGACCCCCGUCCCGAAAUUCCCGAGUAGUCCGCGGGUCGCGGCCGGCGGCCUGACGCCCGCUGCCCAGCGAUUGUGGAGCAAGAUCGGGAGUUCGGCUAGCGUCACGCCCCGCACGCCAUUCGGGCAGGGCACACCGAUGCGGACGGCCAGAGGGUCGAAACUCAAGCAGACAUCCAAGUAGUAGGUUAAUGUCUGAGCAGGCGAUGAUGACAUGGGAAAGGAAGACGCAUUGGUGAUCCCAGGAAUGCACGAUUCAUGAUCACCGGCAAAGGAGAAUAAACAAAGCGAUGAAAUUAAUUAUAUGAUACCCCAAUAGAGAAUGAUUCACAACUACGACCUGAGAGUCGAACU